GAGCUUUUAAAAGGUGUAAGUAGUUUUGUCGCAAUAUUUUCAUAACGCUAAUAGUUAAUAAACUUAUAGUGAAAGAAUAGACUUCAAAUUGUUUUGCAGCAUAAACUGGAUGGCCUUGCUUUCGUGCAUUUGUCACGAUCAAAAUGAAGUAAAAUUUCAUGUCUAACAAUUUUAUUUAUUGUACAAUGGGCGCUAAUGCUAAAUAUUGUCCAGAAAUUAAAUGUCGAUGGAAUAGUUACAACACCUACAGAUUUGUUAUGUGGGCUUGGAUGAUGAACGAAAUAUCUGUUGCAUCUGCUCCCGUGAAUAUGUCACACAUUGCAUUUUACAUACACUCAGUCUUGUAUAUUUUUUCCGCAAUUUUUGUCGGAAUUCCGCUGGUUUAUUCGGAGAUCUGUGUUUCACAAUACACGAACGGCAAUGUGAUAUCCGUGUGGAAUUUUUGUCCAAUUUUUCGUGGAGUUGGAUACGGCACAGUUUAUUUAGUAAUAUUAAAACUAAUUUUGUUGAUGGUGCUAAGCACGUGGUACCUGGAAUACACAUUUUAUUCAGCCUUGGAUCCGCCACCGUGGUUUACCUGUGAUGAUUACAACAACACAAAAUGUAUGGUCAAACGAGUCAACGUGUCAAUCUUUCAACACUGUUUAGAAGCGCAGAACUUAUUUGGUACAGAUUGUGGAAUGAAAACAGCCAGCGGCUAUUUUUUCGAAAAAGAAAUCGGUAACAAUAACACUAAAAAUAAAAACUGCACUCAUUUGUGGAGGGCAAUAUUAGCCAGCGCUAUAUCAAGUGCCAUGUUGUUUAUUGUCUUAGUAAAAAAGGAGAAGUUCUUUAAAAUAAAUGUGAGAGUUGUGGCGUCGUAUUUGUGUAUCGUGUUGUUCUUGUUAUUCUGUGUGGCGUUGUCGACCAGCGGGACAUGGUAUGCGACGAAAAUUGGGAUUAAUUGGUUCGACAUCCACUAUAAUAGUUGUUUUUAUACUUCGACCCAAGGUAUUCUAGCGUGUGGAGUUGGAUGCGGUAUUAUUGGUUACUUGUCAAGAGAUGUUCCUUUCCGCAGCCCGGCAACAAUGACUGCUGUCACAGCGCCACUUUUCUCUACGUUUAUAACACUAAUGUUAGCACUCAUUAUAUUCAGCGGAAUUAAAACUGUAUCUUACUAUCACGGGGAAGAAGAGAAGGUUUUAGAACUAGGCGAUAGCAUAUAUUUCAAUUUAUUUGCGUCUGUAUCAGAAAUACUUGGUUAUUUUGAUGGCAUGGCGAUAUGGAGUUUUGCUUGGUUUUCAGCGGUAUUUAUUUGUUUACUCGUUAAUAUGUCGAUAGUAUGUUUAUUUCUUCUUGAACACCUGUCCAGUACUUGGCAAGCUGUUAAAAAGUACAAAUAUUUUAGUUGUUUUUGUCUAAUGUUCUCAAUUUUUGUUUUUACAUUUCCCUUCUAUUGUUCCGAUCUUACUGUGGUUCUGUCAGAUGUUACCGAAAUUAUUCAACUCACGAGCGCAUUCUUCUUUUCUGUCGCAACAUAUUGGAUAUACGGUUUCCGAAAACAUAACGUAGAUAUUAUGUUUAUGAUUGGUGUUAAAGCUAGUUACUUUUGGAAGAUCACUUGGCUUACGAAUCCCAUAUGGAUGCUAGUAGUCAUUUACAUGAGGUGCACGAAACUUUUAGUAAAACAACAUGAGAAUUCCCAUUUCUUUGAACUUUUAUCUAUGAACGUGAAUGAAUUAAUGGUUUAUGCUUUCUUAGGAAUUUACAUUCUAAUUGUAUUACUGGGAGUAUUGAUACAGGUCAAAAGAUUUUAUUGCCAUGACAGCUUAAAAAACUUAUUUCGUCCCGUUCGUAACUGGGGACCUCAAGAUAAAAUUUUAUUUAGAAGCAGAAACAUUUUUGUUCCCGAGAUCAUGACUAGAGAAUUUUUGUAUAGACAAGUCAGAAUUCAUGGUUACAGCCGCAAAACCGAAGCUAACGAAAACAGGAGAAAUUAUUCUAAUGUAAUGCAAGAUAUUAUGUUACCUGAAAAUACCGAAUGGAGUGCUCUGACAUCGAACUAAUAUAGGUAAAUACAUAAAUAAUGCUUACGUUACUAUGCCUGCUGAAUUUCAAACUGAAUAUAUUUAUUUAAAUCAUA